AUGUCCGAUAUGGCGCCCCAGCACCCCUCGCACCUGUCCAACCCGCUGGCCACCCCCGCCCAGCUGGCCCAGUCCGGCUCGCAGCUCGACGGCGUCCCCACCGACCUCGAGGACUCGAUCCGAUUCGCCGGCCAGCGCCUCACCCAGGCCGCCGGCAUCCUGCUGCGCCUGCCGCAGGACAUCGUCGCCCAGGCCAUUGUCGUCUUCACUCGCUUCUGGAUCGGCUCCGAGGGCGGCAGUCUCAAGGACUACGGCGCCAAGGAUGUCUCCGCCGCCGCCCUCUACACCGUCGCCAAGCUCUCCGCCUACCCGAGGCCGCCGCGAGCCGUCAUCAAUGCCUACCAGUAUCUCGACAGCCUCCCAGCCACCUAUGUGGACCCCCAAAAACUGCACCAGGAGGACCUCGUGGACCCGGAAGCCUACUACGUGAGCGAGGGCACCUACCACGCCCUGCGCGCCCUGCUGCUCAAGACGGAAGCCCACGUGCUGCGCGUGCUCGGCUUCGACACGCACGUCGCCCUGCCCUACACGCUGGUCAUCAACUACCUGCAGGCGCUGGGCGUCGUCUUCGACGACGGCGACGGCGACGGCACCGAGCUCGCGCGCCGCGCCUUCGCCCUGCUCAACACCGCCCUGCUGAGCCCGCAGCUGGUGUGCUGCACCCACCAGCCGCCGCAGCUCGCCACCGCCGCCGUCUACCUCGCCGCGCGCGACGUUGGCGUCAAGCUGCCCGGCGAGCCGUGGUGGGAGGUCUUCGACACGGACCGCGAGGAGCUCGGCUUCCUCGUCGUCGCCAUGGUCAGCAUGCCUGGCUUCGCCGCCGAGGAGAAGGCCAAGUGGGGGACCCGCCGCAGGGUGCCGCUGACGCUCGAGGAGCUCGACGCCGAGCUGGAGCGCCGGCGGAUGCUCGAAGAGGGCCAAUGA